AUCCCCCUUCACUCCUCGGAGCUGAACAGUGCUGCCUCCCGUUUCUGAGCUCGGCAUUAGAUCGGCGGCCAGGGCUGUGUGCGCGCACGGACGCACUCCCGAUCAACAGGAGCAGUCUCAGCGCGAGGGAGCAGUGGGCACACCAGCGCGUGCUCUGUCCUGCACACGGCCAGCACUUCGAAGUCUUUCCUAAUAAUUUUAUUCGCUCCUGUCCGAUUCGCAUAUUUUUCCUUUUCCAGCAAGCCACGUAGGAGCGGACACGGAUGGAUGUGGUGAUUGCAGUUUUAUCGUUUUGCCCACACCCCUCCUGAAAGAAAGACUGGUCGGAGCUUACGGCUGCGCUGGCCGCACGGGGAGAAAGUGGCACCGGGGAAAACUGCGAGUCAGAUCGGGAAGACAUCGCCUGGAGUAACUGUGGAUGUACUGUUACCCGAAAGACUUUCGCCUCUUUCCGUACUUUUAAAUAGAUGACUGGAAGCCGGAUUCGGGAUUUGGAAUUGCCUCGGCUGAUACCACACCAAGCGGCAGACAUGGAGUCCCUCCAGAGCAGCGUCCACCAUGUCCCUGUCUGUGCGCCCCGCGCGCCGAAUCCUCUCCCGGUCCAUCACUAGGAGCCAGUCCUUCGCCGGAGUCAACUCCCACGACAAGCCUUACAGGAACCUGUCGGUGUUCAGUACCCCUGCCUGCACAAGGAAGACCCCCUCCAGAGGAAGCAGGAUGUUCACUCUCUCCGCCAAGUCUCCGCCCCCCAAGGUGCCCCAGCCAGAGAGGCUGGACGAGGUGUACGAGGCACUCAAGAGAGGCCUGCAGGCGUACCUUCAGGUGCAUCAGCUGGAGCUGGACAGCCUGAGCCGACAGAUGCGCGAGUCCAAGAGGAACUCCAGGCUGGGCUUUCUGUACGAGCUCGAUAAGCAAGUGAAGGUGAUCGAGAGGUUCAUGCGAAGACUGGAGUUCCACCUGAGUAAGAUCGACGAGCUGUACGAGGCAUACUGCAUGCAGCGCAGACUGCGGGAUGGAGCCAAUAAGAUGGUGAAGGCGUACACCGCCUCCCCAGGGAGCCGAGAGGCCCGCGAGAGCCUAUCAGAGGCCAACAAGGGCUACAAGGAGUACACUGAGAACAUGUGCAUGCUGGAGAAUGAGCUGGAAAAUCAGCUGGGAGAGUUUCACAUCAAAAUGAAGGGUCUGGCUGGCUUCGCACGGCUCUGUGCAGGGGACCAGUACGAGAUCUUUAUGAAGUACGGGCGGCAGCGCUGGAAGCUGAGGGGCAGAAUCGAGAUAAACGGCAAGCAGGUGUGGGACAGCGAGGAGAUGGUCUUCCUGCCGCUAAUCACCGAGUUCCUGUCAAUCAAGGUGACAGAGUUAAAGAGCCUGGCCAAUCACGUGGUGGUGGGGAACGUGUCUUGCGAGACGAAGGACCUCUUUGCUGCUCUGCCCCAAACGGUGGCCGUCGACAUCAACGACCUGGGCACCAUCAAACUGAGCCUGGAGGUCACCUGGAAUCCUUUCGAUAAGGACGAUCAGGGAUCAUCUGCCAGCACAGUCAAUAAAGCUCCCACGGUCAACAAGCGCUUCUCCACCUACAACCAGAGCCCGCCGGACACGCCCUCCCUGCGUGAGCAGGCCUUCUAUAACAUGCUGAGGAGGCAGGAGGAGAUGGAGAAUGGCACGGCCUGGUCCAACUCCUCCGAAUCCUCCGACGACUCCUCCAGCCCCCAGCUCUCCAUGGGGCUUCGCCACGCCCACAAAACGGUGGUCCAGCCGGAGGUGCAGACCGCCCCGCCUGCCAUCGAGAUCUCCUUCGCCCCCCGCGAAUCCGCCACCUCCACUCCCACCCGCACUGCCAGUCACGGCGAGGAGGAAGACGAGGAGGAGGAGGAGCUCAAGGUCGCUGUGCCGAUGAGAGAGGAGGAUUCUGGGAAACAGGCGGUGCCCAAUGGCCACGCCCGUUACUCGCGGUCCCUCAGCCACAUCAGUGAGAACAGCGUAGAUGGCGCAGUGACGGAGAGAGCGGCCGGGGAGUCCACAGAGCCUUCCGAGGUGGCCUCUGUCGCCUCCGUCACCGAUAUCGUCAUGGAGAUGCCCUCAUCCCCAAUAACAGAAGCAUCAGAGGCACAGGAGGCCCCUAAACUGGCUGCCACGGCAACCCCAGAUGCUCUAGACUCCAGGAGCUCCUCUGUACCUGCUGCUGGCUCGAGGGAGGAGCCAGCUCCCUUGGUGAAGGAGAAAGAGGAGGCGCAGGAGAGCAGGCCAGAAGCCAGGGAGUCGCCUGUGCCAGAGGACCCACAGUCAGGGCAUGUGGAGCAGGCUGCGUGUGCGGCCGGCCUGCCUCCCUGCCCCAGCGCCCCCAGAACUGACACUGAGGGGCAGCCCCCGGUGAGGCGGGGGUCAGAGGACACAGCGCGGACACGGCCGGCCCAGGCCUCUGCGGAGGAGCCGGCGAAGCCUGGGGCUCAGUUAGAGGCUGUGCCUGCAGACACUGUGAGCCAGCAGGCUGAGGACAGUGGGGUGGAGGAGGCCCUGAGUGCGGUCAUCUCCUCGCUGGAUGACUACAGGGGUCAGUUCCCCGAGCUGCAGGUGCUGGAGCAGGAGCUGAGACACCUGGAGGCAACACUCUCGGGACGGAGUCGCAGUCGUUCCUCCAGUGUGAGUCUGACUGUGGAAACUGCCCUCGGGAGCUUCGACUUCCUCAACACCUCUGACCUGGAAGACGAGGAAGAGGAAGAAGGAGAGAGGAAGAGUGUUUCUGGAAGUGAGUCUCACAGCGCCCCCGUCAGGCCAGCGGAUGGAAGUGCGGGUGAGGAGGAGGGGAGUGAGGAGCGGUGCUGGGGGUCUCCUGCCGGCCCCGUGACCACAGGCUGUCCCGUGCUGGAUCGCACCCUGCUGGUGCAUCUGGGGAACUGCAGCGCGCAGCUGCUGAAGCUGGGCACCUUUGGGCCUCUGCGCUGUGGGGAAAUGUACGCCCUGGACCGGCUGCUGAGGGAGGCCAGGGUGAUGGAGCUGAUCCGCCGGGUCACCGAGGACUCGCCCACCCGGGUCACCACGCCCGAUCAAGUUGUGCCACAGCUCGAGCAGUGCCAGGGUGCCCUGUCGCUAUGGAAACUCUGCACCGACGGAGCCAGCGUCUACAGCGCCACCACAGAGACGUUCCUCCGUGCGCUGAGCACUACCUAUGCCAGCCAGCUGCCCCACCACGGCGCCAGUCUGGCAGACACAGUGUUCCUGGGACUGGCGGAGAGGGUCCUGGAGAGGAAGCUGCCCAGAAGAGGGGAUGGGGCGGCCAGGGAGACGCUCACCAUCUUCCAGUUCUGGAGCUACCUGGAGGCGGAGGGCGUGAGUGCAUUCGACACGUACGUCUCGGAGCUGGCGGAGGAAGUGUGGCUGGUGCAGUGUCUGCAAUCAGGCGAUCAGGACGCCCUGCUGAAGGCCCUGAAGAGGCCCCCGGAAUGCAGCCUGAAGCGGGAGGGUCUGCGCGCCAUCGCCCUGCUGCUGACAGACCCCCGGGGGAGGGUGUGCAGCGCCGCGGGGUCCCUGCUGCGGGGCCUCGCCGACCAGCCACGUCACCGCGAGAGGGCCCUGGUGACCUGCCUGGAGCUCCUGGAGGAUGAUAGUGUGAACACGAGAGUCUCUGGAUGCAAGGCCCUGGCGUGUCUGAAGGCCAAGGAGAGCAUCGAGCAGCUGGUGUACCUGUGCCGCACGGACAAGGAGGACGUGAGGGACGCGGCCAAGCAGGCGCUGCUCGCUCUGGGUGAGGAGGGACGGCUGGCCCAUCGGCACGUGGAGGAGGCGCAAGACGGCGUGCCCCGCCUCUUCGCCCCGGGCAGCAUGGCGAGCACCGCCUUCUGAGAGCGACAGUCCGUAACCACGGAAACCACGCAAACCAUAAUACCCACGUCAACACACUCCAGCUCAGCCACGCCGCAAACCUGCCGCUCACACGCGCACAUGCGUGCAUAUACACACACACAAAC